CAUUGUAUGAGCAAGAGUAUAGUGUUUAUAAGCUUUCGGCAGAAAAGUUGUAAUAUAUAUAAAUAUAUAGUACGUUCAGUACUGUUAUCAUUCGUACUAUCCGGCUGAGUACAUGAGUUUGGUUUUCCGAUUUGUUGGAAAAUGUACUAAUCUGCAAAAUUACGAAGUUAUUGAUUAUUUUAAAGUUUCAAGUACACAAUGAACAAUAAUGGUUUUAGUACUGGAGAGGAGGAUUCGCGAGGCCCCGCGGAUCAGGUUUGCUGUCUUUUGGACGACGGCGAACGAUGUCGGAACCAGGCUGGAAAUGCAUCAUUCAGUAAGCGCAUUAACAAAACUGUAACCCAGAGACGACUUAAGCUCAGUAUCGAUUCAGCAGCUCGUCACAUCUAUAUUUGUGAUUUUCACAAAGGUCGCAUUCAGUGUGCACGAACAAAACGCCGUCGUCGCGAUUCCGAAGAUGAUAGCAAUGAAACAGAUACUGAUCUUCCCGAAGUGGAUCUGUAUCAAUUGCAAGUGAACACACUCAGACGGUACAAGCGUUUUUACAAAGUAUCUACCAAGCCUGGUAUUAACAAGGCGCAACUGUCGGAGAAUAUCAUGAAACACUUCAAAACAAUUCCGAUCAAAGAAAAAGAAAUUCUUACAUAUUUCAUUUACAUGGUGAAAUCAAAUUCCAACAAACUGGAUCAGAAGAAUAACGUCAGUAGUGAAGCUACAUGAAAGUGAUUGGCAUUCGAAUGUGUGAGUAAUUAAGGUAUCAUGACUAGAACCGUGUUCUCUUUUUUAUCCCUAAGACAAUGUUGUUCUGUUCAUGCUAUAAAACGUCUUUGCUGAUUGAAAAUCGACCAUCUAUU